GCCACCACGCCCGCCACUCGCAGCCAUGAACGGAGCAUAAACCACACCAGCUCCGCCGCGCAUUCCACCAUUAAGCCCUACCAGGAGCCGCCGAAGAGUGAGAGGAGGCCCGGCCACGAUCCCCCGAAUAUUCAGGGAGGAUUCAGCUUUACACCGUCUGGGCGGCGACGUGAGGGCUCUCACCUCAGCCAGCUGGGACAUCGCAGCGUUGGGGACAUCGAGGAGUUGACCCGCAUGGAAAAGAUCCUCGAUGAGUGGACUCCAUAUGCCUCCAUCAACCACAUAGAGGCAGGCCGCUGGCACACUCCCAGGGCGGGGCUGCGUGGGCGUGGUGGACUGGGCGGGCGUGGUGAAUUCAUCGGCCUCGGUGCCAUUACUUUGAGUGGAAAGAGUGAAAUUGGAGCCAGUAACCCGAAGAGGGGGCUAGCUGGAGGGAGUUUGGUCCAGCGCAAAGAAUAUAUCGGGCGGAGAGAAAAAGAGAAUGGAUUUGGGGACCUGUACGGCAACGAAAGAGGGGGAGAAAUGCGUGGGGUUACAGGUAGCAACAGACACACCUUUCCUGAGGGAGAUCGAAGAGACACCCGGGCGAGACACAAAACAAUUACGUCUGGAGACCAAGGUGACGGUAGGGAGAGCAGUGUGGACUACAGGGGAGGGCAGCCUUGGCGGUACAGACAAGACAAAGUGCCGACGAUUAGGAGAAACCACUAUGGCAGCGUCGAGGACAAGAUCAUGAGGCGGCGGGAUGAGCUGCAGGUGACGACGGCGAGAACCCCAACACAACAUCGAACCAACUGGCUGACGGAGGCGACCAUAAGAAAACUGGAAGACUAUCAUAGUGACAACUUGUCCGACGUCAGCUACACGACCAGGAAAACGGCGCUAAGCGUUCCAAAAGCAAAAAUUCCGGUUGAUCACGUACCUUUGGCCAGCAGGGAAGAAAUGAACACAUACAAGCCCCGAAGACCUCCAUUUGACCUGCAAAAAGAGAAAGAACAUGGUGAGGAAGGGGAAGGAAAGAGAGUGGAGCAGCAGGAGGUGGAGGAGGAGGAGGAAUAUGGGUUUGUCAAGCGUGGGAUAUUAUUCUGGGACGCUGAAAGGAGGAGGAGGGAGGAAGAAAGUGAGAAAAAAGUGCUUAAGGCAAAGUGGACAGAGAAAGAGCCUGACAAAUGCGUGAGGGAAGAAGAAUGGAUUUACAAAGAACAAGACACAGUGUGGGUCGCCAAGGCUGACAGGAAUAUCAGGAUGAAAAAUCAAAGAGAGAGAAAACUGGAGGCUGAGAGGAUGUUCACCGAAAACAAAAGAGUGAAAGACAUGAGGGAAAGAAAGUAUGAGACACGGAAGGCCAACAAGACUCCGGGGAACUAUUGGAGGAUUGGCUACGGCGACCGAGGACUCAACAAGGAGCUGAAGGUUGUGAGGAUCAGUGACGAGCAAUUGACAAGCUUCUGAGAGAAUUAGAGAUACACGUAAACUGGAACGCAAACCUUGAUAAAAAUAGGUUACUAGAACAAAAACAAAACGAGGCCACUGAAUUAAAAGCAGUAUACCUGUAUUUUUCUCGUAUGAAAUAAAUUCAAUAGUGAUGAUGUGAGCGUAUUAUUAGACUGAUGCGGGUUCUAUUACUAUUAGACAAAAAAAAAAAUCUUCAUAUGAACGCUGAAAUGAAUUAAUUAGACUCUAAAUCUCCCUCUGUAAAUCUCUUGCAUUGAAACAUAUUUCCAAAUAAAGCUGAGAGAGGCAUAACAUUUCGUCACUCCGGCAGAAAGUCCAGACCACAUCGCAUGAUCUCCAGUAGAGUAAGCGAGCACCCACACUCUUCCUCUUUUAAGAACACUUCCUGGGGCGGGCGAUGCGUGCGGCCCCGUUUUGGUUCCUGGUCUGGCCACCUUUCCAUUAUGCACGCAACCUGCCUUCCUCCAAGUGUUGCGGGUCACUCCUCCACACUCCUGCCUCUGCAUGUAAAUAUCUUACUGACGCUUUCUUUUCUUUUCUUUUUUGUCUGAGUCGUGAAUAUGCACCUCCUGUCACACUCCUCAAAUCUUACUCUUUCUGAGAAUUUCUAAGUAAAGAUAAUUUCCCUACUAUUCCUGAUUGCGAUAUAAUGAACAUAUGAAUAUAGAAACCACCUGCUGCCUGAGUUCCUGUACAGGUAAAACAAUACAACAGAGAGAAGAAAGGAGAUAAAUAAAGCUCCGAGGAAAUAAUGAUCAUACUUACUUGUGUGUUAUAGAUAUGUGACGACGAAAAGAUGAAACAUUAGACGCAAAUCAACCACAUUUUUGACGUGUAUGUUCUCGUAGUUGAUAAGUGAAAGGGGUACAACUUACUUAAGUCAUAAUAAGCUGGUUGUAAAGCCGAGCCUACACUUGUUUGAAAGAUGCAUGUUUAGCUUUAAUAAACCUGUUGUCAGUGUGUAAGUAAUAAAGAACUAAGUACUUUAAUAAAAUAUGCUAAAAAACAG